GAGUUCGGUCCUGGCGUUCAUUUCAUUCCUGUCCUCAUUCCGCACAUUCUUCGCAUCGCUCGCGCCGCGCCGCGCCGCCCGAGCCGAGCCGAGCCUCCGCGGCCCCGCCGCCCGCCGCGGGCGCCCCCCAGCACUUCGCACAGUCGCUUCCAGCCCGCGGGGAGUCCGCGCGCCGGGGCCCGGGGCCGGGGCGGCCGCGGCGGGGCGCAGGCCAUGCGCUGACCCCCCAGCGCGCAGCGUCGCCCGAGCGCGGGCAGCUGCCCCGGCGCGCCCUGCCCGUCCCGGGAGCCGGCGAGGCCGGCCUGGGACGGCCCGGCGCGGGAGCACCGCGGGGAGUACCGGCUGGAGCAGCGCAAGGGCGACGGCCCAGCGCCCCGAAGUUUGCCGCGCCCGCUUGGGCGGCCGAGGUUUGUUUUCUUGAAAAGGCUCCAGGCUUCGGCUUGGAAAAUCCAACCGCCAAAAUUGAGCCCAGCAGCUGGAGCGGCAGCGAGAGCCCUGCCGAAAACCUGGAAAGGAUGAGCGACUCGGCAGAUAAGCCGAUGGACAAUGACGCGGAGGGGGUCUGGAGUCCUGACAUAGAGCAGAGCUUUCAGGAGGCCCUGGCUAUCUAUCCGCCAUGUGGGAGGAGGAAAAUCAUCUUAUCAGACGAAGGCAAAAUGUAUGGUAGAAAUGAAUUGAUAGCCAGAUACAUCAAACUCAGGACAGGGAAGACAAGAACCAGGAAGCAGGUGUCUAGUCACAUUCAGGUUCUUGCCAGAAGGAAAUCUCGUGAUUUUCAUUCCAAGCUAAAGGUAACAAGCAUGGAUCAGACUGCCAAGGACAAGGCCUUGCAGCACAUGGCUGCCAUGUCAUCAGCCCAGAUCGUCUCAGCUACUGCCAUCCACAACAAGCUGGGGCUGCCUGGAAUUCCACGCCCCACCUUCCCGGGGGCACCGGGGUUCUGGCCUGGGAUGAUACAGACAGGACAGCCAGGAUCCUCACAAGACGUCAAGCCCUUUGUGCAGCAGGCCUACCCCAUCCAGCCAACAGUCACAGCCCCCAUUCCAGGGUUUGAGCCUGCAUCAGCCCCAGCUCCCUCCGUCCCUGCCUGGCAGGGCCGUUCCAUUGGCACAACCAAGCUUCGUCUGGUGGAAUUUUCAGCUUUCCUUGAACAGCAGAGAGACCCAGACUCGUACAACAAACACCUCUUCGUGCACAUUGGACAUGCCAACCAUUCUUACAGUGACCCAUUGCUUGAAUCUGUGGACAUUCGUCAGAUAUAUGACAAAUUUCCUGAAAAGAAAGGUGGCUUGAAGGAACUGUUUGGAAAAGGUCCUCAAAAUGCCUUCUUCCUCGUAAAGUUCUGGGCGGACUUAAACUGUAAUAUCCAGGAUGACGCCGGGGCUUUUUAUGGUGUGAGCAGUCAGUACGAGAGCUCUGAAAACAUGACGGUUACCUGCUCCACCAAAGUGUGCUCCUUUGGGAAACAAGUAGUAGAAAAAGUAGAGACGGAGUAUGCAAGGUUUGAGAAUGGCCGAUUUGUGUACCGAAUAAACCGCUCGCCAAUGUGUGAAUAUAUGAUCAACUUCAUCCAUAAGCUCAAACACCUACCAGAGAAAUAUAUGAUGAACAGUGUUCUGGAAAACUUCACCAUUUUAUUGGUGGUAACAAACAGGGAUACACAAGAAACUCUCCUCUGCAUGGCCUGUGUAUUUGAAGUUUCAAAUAGUGAACAUGGAGCACAGCAUCAUAUCUACAGGCUUGUAAAGGACUGAACCUGGUUAUUUAUAUAUAUAGAUAUCUGUAUAUACACACACAUAUGUGCACACACACACUCUCUCCAUUAUCGAACGACUGACUGUAAACCUCACCACAGGUGAUGCCCUGGCCCCCCAGGUCACACCCUGACUUUUCUAAAUCCUGUUUGAGUGAACUUAUUAUUUUUUUCAUGUGUUCAUGCUAUCAUUGUAGCUGUGAAGUUGUGAUGCAGUUUUUUGUGUAUUCCUCAGAUCUGCAACCCACAAUUCCUUGGGGAGGGUGAAUCUUACCAGCCUAAACCUCUCUCUCUGCAGACCUGUUUCCUGUUGUGGUAGAAAAUAAUGAGACAGAGGCUUGGCCACGGAGCAUUGAUUGCCUUUAUACAAAUGUAUUUAGUUCUUUUUGUUGUUUUUCCAACAUAAAAUCCUUGUUUUAAGAUACAAGUAAAAUUAAUCUUUAAAUGUAAAUUAGUACAAGAAAACUAAGAUUCUUCAGACUUAUCUUUGUAACUAAUUAGGGUGGAAGUUAUGGAAGAAUGUAAUUCACUAAAUUAUUUUUUAAAUGAAAUCUUUCUUUCUUUUUAAAACCAAAUGUUAAACUAUAGCCUUAAGAAAUACUUGGUAGAAGUAUCCUAAUGAGACAAAUUUUGUACCUUUCCCUCCCUCAAGGUUAAAACUAAUAUCCUAAUUCAUUAAACUCUUGAAACAGGUGUUGCAAAGGAAGAAAAUGUCACCCCUUAUCCUUAACAUAUAUAGUAUAUUUAAAAAUGUAAAAUUGUAUUGUACUAAUGUGAUAAUUGAUUAUUUAAUGAAAAAGAAAAGAUGGCUCGGUUUGCAAUAAGUAGAUAAUACUGAAACAAAUCUAAGCUUACAAUGUUAUAGUCUUGUGUGUGCAGCUGCAUUUUAUAUGGUCAACCAAAAUUUUUUAUGGAGAAGAGUUCACAUUUGAACCACUGAAAUUUAAUAACAAAAUUUAAAAAUUGGCAUGAAUACUGCACAGUGAGUUGCAAAGGAUGCAGAAUCCUGUGGCUGGGAGAAAAUUGUCAUCCUCUGAACAAGUGCAAGGCUCAUCAGGCUUGGUGUCUGCUCCCCAGAAUGUCACUGUCACCAGCCUCCUCACCAGCCUGUGGGUAGUUUGUUGUUGCUGGUAACCCACCAUGCAUGGGAAGCAUCUGUCAUUGUAGCUCUGUGUUCGUGCGCAUAUUCAGUUCUUCCUGCUUCCUUUCAGUUUGCUGCUUACUCAUCACUCUCUUGGUCUGCAUUAUAGACAUGGAUAUAUUUUCCCUAAGGGCAUCUCUUUCCUUGACAUCUCUUCAUAAGCCUCAAUGGUAUUUUAUGUGCUCCUCCCUCCCCCUCCCCCUCUCUUUUCCCUCCAUCCCCUCUUGAUCUUUUUAAGCAGAUGCCCUCAUUCAGGAAGUUCUGUUUCCAAGAGAGAUUUCCCCUCUCUGAUCUGAAUAUUCCAAAGCAUUACCCAGCAGAGUUGGCCUAAUAUGGCCAGUCUGGGGUUACUUCCCUAAGUGCUUUCUCAUUGGGGAAGCAAAAAAGGUUACCCCUCUACUUCCCAGGGAAGGUAAGAGGAAAGUAAGAGUUUCCUUACACACAUGCAUGCACACACAGGAAUAUGUGAACAUAAAAGAACAUGACAAAAAUUUUAAGUUAAAAAAAGCAUGGCAAUUUUUUGUUUGUUUGUUUUUUGUACCAAGGCUAUCAAGUAAAAUCCUACUUCUGCUAUAUCCAGGUGACACACACCCCUUCUUUGCCCCAACAUCUGCUCUGACUGUGCUUUUAUUAUAUUCAGCAACUUGUGGUCUUUAGUGGUUGGGCAUGGCUAGUGUGUAGCUAAAAGAACCAAACUGGAUUGACUCUUGUCUCCUCCCAGCUGUAUCCCUGGUCCCUGGGAAGACCUGAGGAGAAUGUGCAAGACUUUGUCAUUAGCAAUGUGCCUCCUUCACGUAAGCCAGCGGGGCAUUGUUUCUUUUCAGGAGAACUGCCUUGGUUCCCUGAUUCUAAGCCAGCCCUCAAAGGAAUGGCUACCCUGGGUUUUUCCCCUUCUGUCUGUCUUGGGGAUGCCAUUAGUUAAUCCUUUAGGGAUGUUUCUUUAGCUUUUAUUUCCUAUAUCCUUCCUCUAGAGGAAUGGCCUAUUGUCCUGAGACCAGGACUAUAUGAAUGGGUACAAGUGAUCUCCUGUGGCUACAGGCCAGGCCAUCCAAUAAUGUGAUGGGGGAGCAGUCUACCACUCAGGAGUGGAGUUGCCCCUCUAUACUACCUAGGCUCUGGGGGUUUAUUUCCCAAGUACCACCUAGAGGAUAGUGGCUGGCAAUGGGGAAGGUAUGACUUCACAGAAUUAGGAUGGUGUCUGUGUUGCCUCACUGUCUAUGUCCUCUUCUUCCAAAGCCUUUCGGGGGUGGGGGGGUAGGGGGGGUGGGAGUUAGGAAUGACCCUGACUUACUGUUGGCUCUUAAAACAGCUAUAAAAUUCUUUAAUAUAUAUUCAACCCCUAUUCCUCCCCUAACUUAUUUCCAUCCCUCAUAUCUCCACCCCUCCCAACUUCUUACUCUUUCUCGCCUUUAAAAAAAGAAAAUAAACCACCAUCUUAGGGUUACCAUUGCUGCGA